AUGGAAUUCGGUACAGUUGAUGAAGCUAAUGUGUUUUAUUUCAAGUAUGCUAAAUGUAAAGGGUUUGCCAUUAGGAAAAGUGAUGUUAGGACAAGAUCGACUGAGGAUGGACAAACAAUUAUAAUGAGGCAGUUUGUAUGCAAUAAACACGGUCUAAGAGAUACAAAACACUUAAGGAGGCUUGAUAGAAAAAGAGAACACAGACCUACGACCCGCACUAAUUGUCCCGCUAGGCUUCGUGUGCAUUACAACCCCCAGAAGGAUAUUUAUGUAGUGACAUGUUUUGAAGAGGCUCACAACCAUGAAUUAACACCAUCUAGGUUUGUCCACUUACACCCCAUUUAUCGUGAGAUUACUGCAGCAGAUAGAGCUCAAAUUGACGGUCUACAGUCAAAUGGAAUUAGAACUUGUCAUAUAAUGGGGUACAUGGUUGCUCAGAAGGGUGGACACGAUCGUGUUGGGUUUACAAAGAAGGAUCUGUACAAUUAUUUUGAUAGUAAAAUGCGUGCUAAUAUUAAAGAUGGUGACGUUGCCGCUGCUAUAAAUUAUCUAACUGUGAAGUCAUCUACUGAUCCCAUGUUAUAUGGUAAAUAUGCCGUAGACAUGGAUGGACGAAUGAAGUCUCUUUUUUGGGCUGAUGGAAGCAGUAGAUCUGACUAUUUUUGUUUUGGCGAUGGUGUAACCACCACUCUCAGACAGUUAUUUUUGGUGCUGCGUUGGUGUCAGAUGAAACGACAGAGACGUAUAAGUGGUUGUUGGAGUGUUUUUUAG